AUGGCGGCAAGCCCAUUACAACUGGCAGCCUCAAAGGCAGGCUUGCCAGAAAGCCAACUGGAAGCAUCGUCAAGCAAAGCCAAACUUGACUAUGUGGUCGCCGGUGUUGCAAAUUUGCGACGAAGCUUAGAACGCCAACUUGAUCAUCCCCGCGGUGAACGUUUGGACCUGUUGCUGGAGGAGGCGAAGAAGCUUUCUGCCGAUUUGCAGCCGUUUGUGUCCUUGUCCAACGAGUUCAAAUCAAAAUGGGAUUCGCAGAAGGCUGCGAUCCUGUCUCAAAAGAAGACUGAAAUCGAUGCGCAUCUUCAGCGAGAAGACGACAUUGCGCAAGCCGAAUUCGCAAAGACAGCAGAAGUGGAGCUGCGCGCCCUCGCCACGGCUGAGGAGCAGCGUGGUGGCACGGCCCGUUCGCAGGAACUCGAGGCGAUCCUUCGUCAAGCCGUGGAGACUUGGCGGGCGGAGGUUCACGGCGCCAGCCUCGUGAACAAGACAGAUGUAGAGAAGGCUGUUCGCACGUGCUUGGCACGUGUCGUUGCCUGGACGUCGACGCAGGAACAACGCAUGGUGGCCACUUGGAAGGAGACCGCUCGGCAGCUGGUGUUGGAAGUCCACAAAGUGGAUGCGAACAGCUUCCAAGCACUGGAAGAUACGUUGUCCGCACGCAGGGCCAUCGUGCAUGAUCUUCUGACACGCCAGCGGCGCGAACUGACAAAUGCAUACCGACAAAUGCAGGAUAACCUAACCCACAAGACACGGGAGAUGCUGCAGUCAGACCGUGAAGUUCAGCGGAAGAGGGACAGCAAGGCAGACCGCAGGCUCAUACUAAAGGAAGCCCAACAAGCAGCCAGAAGUAGAGCGGAGGUUGCCAAGGCAGAGUCUCUCAAGGCCUUGGAUGCCCACACACAGCUAUGCUGCUCAAAAGUGGAUCGCUGGGCUUCUCUGUUCCUGUUGAAGAAGUCGCUCCUUCAGGAAGUAAUUGGGGAAAUUGGUCCUAUGCUGGCCGCAAACCUCGAUGACGAGCUGCGAACUACAGUGGCUCAGAUUCGGCAGCGGCAGAACCAAAGAGUCGGCGAUGCCGAAGACCCACCUCAGCGAGGAGUGGCCUCAGAAGAUCAGUUGGAAGACGGAGAACGGCCAACUGAUGCAGCCAGCCCUGAAGAAAGUGCGGAGCUGGAAGCUAUGCGACGCAGUCGAAUGACCCACGAGCUGAAAGACCUGAAGGAUGAAGUUGAGGCGAUGCUUGCGGCUUCGAGGGAUCGGAAGUCCUGGAAAAAGGACAUAGACGACGCUGCGGCGAAGGGCUUGAGCCUACUCCAAGAUGCCAAAGCUGCUUUGGAGGUUCAGUCGCAGAUUUUUCAAAAGGCAGAUGGAAGCCAAGCCGAUGACAGGUGGUUGAAGGAAACAGUAACCGGACUGUCAAAUUGCACUCAAAGCUUCCACGCAGAUCUCGUCCCAAAGUUCGAAGAUGUAUCCAACCUCAAGUUGAUGUGCAUCAAGAAGCGCCACGACUAUCUGGGCCAACCUGUCCAGAAGCUGGAGCAGAGCUUGCUCGAUGCAGAGCGCGAGAUCUUGAAGUCGAUCACGAGGCUCAGCAUCGUGCAGCGGCUGUGGCAGCUGGCGAAAACGGGUCCUGAGGAGCAGAAGAGCUUUUUCACUCGACUCCUAGCUGUCCUGGACCGCUCACCCCUCGCAGCAGAUGUGCUUGUGAAAGGAGAAAGUUUCCGAAAGCGCGGUGGGGAGGGGAGGUCGAGCGGAGGUGGCCCAACGACCCUUAACUUCUCGACGUCUUCGUCUUCGAAGGUGCAGGCCCGUCCUAAGGCUUCUGCAGCGAGAGACCGUGGGAGCACAGCCUCUCAGGUAUCGUCCCGGAACUCGCCACGUGGCCAAGGCCCGGGCUCGCGACGCACAUCGAGUACCACGAGUGCCUGUGUGUCUCCACGGAGAGAGGCGAAAGAAGCACCAAAGCCGUGCUCACCGGCUUGGCCUGCAGAUAUCUUUGCUCGAGAAGAGGCAAAUCCCUGUGCACAUAGCCCUCGGGGCGAUGGCAGAGGCAGAGAUGCCUGGAAUCGCGCAGAAUCUCCCCAUGACUGCAUUGCAUCCGCACGCAGCAGAUCUCCAGAGAUGGAUGGUGUCAUGCGCAGAUCUGGCGCAGGCAGAUCUUCGGGUGGCGGACCAUCGUCGAUUUGCCUUGGAGACACGCCGUCGAAAGCGCCUGCUCUGCGCAUUCCGCAGAGGGCUUUCUCCGAUGGGCCCGGUCUGCAACCUCGAGAGUCUCGCGAGUUUCGGGAGCGAGAGCCAGGCAAGGAGAAGGAGCGCAGUUGGCGCCGGCAAAGCGACCUGAGCGUGAAAAGCCUUUCGACCUACUGCCCAGAGGACACGCCAUGUGUGGCAGUGAGUGCAACCGAUGCGGGGGAGGAUCGGGGCUUGGCAUACGACGAUCUCUUUUCCGAGAACAGGCUGAUGAUGCUGAUCCUUGAUCGAUUCAUUCAAUGCACAGUUCUGAGCGGAGCCAGCUUGGAGCAAUGGCUUGUGGAUACAGCUUGGACCAUCAAACGAUGGGUUCCGCUGGGGCUCAUCGCGCUUUCGGCUCUGGGCUUCUCGAUCCAAGCUCUCUUAGUCAGGGAGCUGACCCUUGUGGGUCUGGAGACCUUCCAGAUCGUUGAGGUGAGAGGCUGCUGUCAGGCUCUUGGAUGUUGCCUGGUUCUGUUGCUGAAGGCCCGUCCAAUAUCUACCUGGUUAGGUGUUUCAGCACAGGAAAAGAAGGCAUUGCUGGCAAGAGCCGUGGUGGGUUAUGGUGGUGUGGCCUUCGGCUUCCUGGCGAUUUCACUUCUACCGCUAGCAGAUUCGCAGAUCGUGUCGCAAACGGCGCCCAUCUUCGCAGCGGCAUUCGCUCGAGUCUUCCUUGGAGAAGCAUGGCAUGUCUCUGAAUUUUUCAGCGCAGUGACUGGUAUCAUAGGGGUCGUUUUCAUUUCGAAGCCAGAACCAUUGUUUGGUCGUGGGGCUCACGGCGAUGAGCAGCAUGGCCGACUGUUUGGCCUUCUGUUUGGUCUUCUGAGCGCUCUUUGUGGUGGAGGUGCUUAUGUCAUCAUCCGAUUCUUGGGUACUGUGAAGGUGGAUUGGACUGUUGUGCUGUUGGUGCAAGCCUUGGGGCAGAUGACAUUCUCGCCUGUUUGUCUUGUCGCAGCAGGGCAGCAUGUCAGGAUGGUCAGCAUGAAGCAGCUGCUGUUGGUACUCGUAAUUGGAGCGGUGGGCUUCAGCUCGCAAUGCGCCAUGACCAUCGGAAUGCAAAAGGAGAAAUCAGCUACCGCUUCUUUGGUGCGGCAGAGUCUCUGCCCGGUCUUCGCGCUCGUGUGGCAGGGCCUUUUCUUUCCAGAGGAGAGGCUGUCGUGGACAAGCUUCGCAGGCUUCUCCACCAUUCUGCUGGGCUUGACAGUCACGGUGGUCUUCAAGGCAAUGAGGGAAAGCUCCUCUCAGACCAAGACCGCCGUGUAUGCCAAAGUGGCCGAGUCAGAGAACCAGGAGGAUGGUACGCCCUCGAAGCUGCAUGGCGGUUGCUUGCCAUCGAUGGCACCUGAUGCUGGAAGUGACAUCUACGGAAAGAGGAGCUUCUUUGAUGAGGCGCCUGGUGUGUCUCGCGAGAAUGAGAUGAUCGAGCUCCUGCAGAAGGAAGGCUUCAGCCGAAGGCAGGCCGAGCUCGCACUGGAGGAGGUGGGCUGGUCCAGCCCGAAGGCUGCCUUGGACAUUCUCUUGGACUGCAAGUACGGGGACACGUCCCUGCAGCACACGAGCGACCAUGCUGCCGAGCCCUCUCCGGACGAGACGGGAUGA